AUGGAAACCCUCCCCGAUCUUCCCCCAAGCACCCGCCUCAGCCCCCUCGUCAUCCGCAUCCUAGGCGGCAACCCAAGCAAAUACACCCUGCAAGGCACAAACACGUACCUCAUCGGGCGCGGCGCGCAGCGCAUCCUGCUCGACACCGGGGAAGGGAAGGCCAUCUGGUCGCAGACUUUACGCCAGACGCUGCGAGACGAGGGCGCGACGGUGGGGAGCGUGCUGCUUUCGCAUUGGCAUGGGGACCACGUGGGGGGAGUGGCGGACGUGAAGGGCUUGGAGGGGUGUGAGGGGGUGAAGGUGUAUAAGAAGGUGCGGCCUGAUGGGCAGCAGUUGGAGAUUGCGCAUGGGCAGGUGUUCCGCACCGAGGGGGCGACGUUGCGUGCUUUUCAUUCUCCGGGGCAUACUGUUGAUCACAUGGCUUUUGUGCUCGAGGAGGAGGAUGCGAUGUUUACGGGGGAUAAUGUGCUGGGCCAUGGCACGGCGGUGUUUGAGGAUUUGAGUGCUUAUAUUGAGAGUUUGGAGGGGAUGAAGGGGCAGUUUGCCGGACGUGCGUAUCCUGGUCAUGGCGAGGUGGUGGAGGAUGGGCGGGGCAAGAUUCGCGAGUAUAUUGCGCAUCGGGCAGAGCGGGAGGAGCAGGUUGCUGCGGUACUGAGGGAGGAUGCGGGCAAACAGGUGGGCGGCAAAGGGAACGAGGAGGGGUGGAGGAGUAUGGGGAUUGUGAAGGUGAUUUACAAGGAGUACCCUGAGCACUUGCAUGCGCCGGCGGAGGGGAGCGUGGUGCAUGUGUUGAUGAAGAUGGAGGCGGACGGCCGGGUGAGGAAGAAUAGGGACGGGACGUGGAGUCUGACGAAGAAAGCGGCGUUGUGA